AUGGCGCCUAAAUCCGUGUACGUCUGGCAUGUGCUUUCUUGUUCUGCUUCGGCAGAGCAAGACUUGACGGCGACAGCUCGUGCAUGGUUGCAAAACUCCGGUGAAGAGCGCAUUGAGUUGAAAGUCUCCACCUUUCAGAAGCAGACCACGGUGCUCGGGCAUUGCCACAGACAUGAUGGUUGUGGUUUGGCCUUUAGGUUCAUGUUUCUGAAGCAAGAGAACUUACAGUUGCUCGGCCUUGUGCAAGAAGGCGAAAGAUUCUUCAUUGUGGAGUGCAACAAGAAGGAUCGAAAGCAUGAUGGACAGUCAAAGUUGGAGGUGGAGCAGUCCAUCUUGAAAAGAAAGUACAGUCAUCUUCCUACCGCACUCGCGAAGAAGCAGAUGGUCACGGACAAAGUGCCAGAGGCACAUAUUCCAACGACUCGUGCUUUGGAUGGUUCGCGACACAGAUACUUAAAAAAGCGGUCGAAGUUCUGUGUGGACCUGGUGGAAAUGUUGAAGGACUUUUUGAACAAUCCGCCAGAACCAGUAUCUGUGUUCGAGAGCAUGAACGCCGCAGUGUCCGAAGAUGAAGUUCGCUUUGCCUUCUUUGAGGCAUCCAACAUGCAGGCCGCCACGGAGUACAUGGCAGGAAGUGAAAGGAUCAUCUUGAUCUCCGAUUGCACGUACCAGACGAACCAUCAAAGAUUGGUUCUUGGAAGUUUGGGACUUGCAGUACUUCAUAGAGACGACCAUGGAAAGGUGAGAUGUCGGUUCUGGCCUGUGAUGUUCAGUGUCUCUGAAGCUGAAGAUGAGAGUGCGUAUGAUCUCUUGUGCAAGGCUUUCAUUGACAAGACGGGUGUGAAUCCGGGAAAGGUAAGCAACAUUUUCCUCGACGGCCACGCAGGUGCGUUUGCAGCCAUGCAGCGCCAGUUCCCAGGUGCAUGCAUCCACCGGGAUUUGCAACAUGUGAAGAAGAACAUUAAGGACAAUGCCGGCAAACUGCAAGACACCAACUUGAGAACUUACAUCACCGACGUGGUCGAGUUUUCAGCGAAGCUUUCGCAACCCAGUGAAUUUCAUACCGUCUGGAAAGACACCCUGGGUCGGCUUCGCAACGAGUGGCACGAGGAGUGUGGUUCGAAAGAUAGACUGGUCUAA